GAGCCUGCCCGUACCCGACUGAAUAGAGCCCAGACUGUAGCUCAGCCCGACUAUCAAUGUCACUGGACUACAUGCCUGUCCCACCCGUGACAACAGGAGGUAGAAACGACCAGAGAUAAUCCGCGAGAUGAGGCAGGCGAGGCCCGGAGGCGAGGAACUAGAGGAUGAAGAGGAAGCUAGAAAGAAGCACCUGGCGACCCCCAGGACUGAAAGAACAAGGACGCCAGAGUCGCUAAGCAUGGCCUUGACUCCGACGUGGAGGUCACCUACUCGUUCAUUUGGUCCACGCCGCGCCGUGUUGCAGGUGCCUCCAGCACUGGCGAGAAACCCAAUCAUGUUCCCUAGCGAUUCCAGUUCGGACGCGGGCGCCAACGACUCGGGCUCUGAGCCCAACUAACCCAUCGACAACACGCGUAGGGUCAGACAGGGCAGAGAAAGAGGAUUGCCAAUACUAAACAUCAACGGCAGACCCGUAAUGCUGCCAGCAACCGUGGCUGCCCCCGCCGGUAAGCACAAUGGGAGGAACCGUCACAGCUGCCAGAAGCUACAGGAUUGUAUAGGCGACCUAGGAGGACGGCGACUACAAUGAUUCGGAUGAGGAGGAACAGUCGCAGCCGAAGGAAGGCAAGGGACAGAAGGGCGGCAAUGGGGGCAAGGGCAGGAAGUGAGCCAUCGGAAGGGCUCCAGGAUAGCGGAGCGGAGCAUGUACUGCGGCUGGCGUUGUGUUGACACAGAGGGCGGAUGGACGACGCGAUAGGUUUUGCGUGACAUGAGACGUCCGGAGCUGCGUUCUCC